AAUCAGAAAAAAAUUUAACAGAUGAAGAAGUCAAUAUAAAAAAGAAAUUUAAUGAUGCUGAUAGUAUAAUAAAAGAAAUAUCAAUGAAAUCGCUAAAAUCUUUAUCAGUGAAUCAAUAUAAAUAUUAUAGCAAACGUAUUGAUGUACAAAAUAUAACAAAUAGCCUUAAAGAGUUUUAUUCUGGUUCAACGGUUGUUUCCUUAACUAGCGAUUUAUCACAAUCAGCCCAAAUGCAAACGCCAAAGUCCGAAUAUUCUAACUUUUCUUCAAAUGAAGAAAAAUUACCAAAGAACUUUGAAGGAUCUAGUCAAUCUAGUCAACGUAGUCAGUCUUAUACAGGUUCAACGCUUGUACUCUCAACUAACGAUUUAUCACAAUUGAUCCCAAUGCCAAAGUCAGAGCAUUUGAAAUUUUCUUCAGAUGAAGAAAAAUCAAGAACCUUAAAGGCUAAAAGGAUCCAUUUAGGGCAACAAGCGGUGUCACCAUCGGUUUUGGAGAACAUCAAUUUUGACUCCAAUGGUGAACUGAAGAAAGUUGGAUUAGGAGAUCAUAAUGCGCCACUUCUUAUAGCUGACAUUAAAACUUACGAUGAUGGAACAAUUCUCGUUCAUAUUAUACGAAAUGAAUCAACACAAUCAGUUAAUUGUUCAAAAAUUGGUGGAAUGAGUUUAGAACAGAAAUUACGUAUAAGGCUUAUUUUUUCAAAUGGAAGUGUUAAAGCGAUUGAUCCCAAUUUAAAUUUAGAUCCUAUAAAUUAUUGUUUACUCAAUAACAAUAAUUCCGAAUACAAAAUUAACAAACUUAACAAUAUAAUUACAUAUUUAAAUGAUACUAAAAAUAAUAUAUUGCAUAAUUUAGUAAAUCCUAUUACAAUAUAUCCUUUACGAAAACCAUUCAUUCUAGUAACUUAUGUUAAAACAAAUGAUUCUUCUAAUCUUGCAACUUACAAAGAGUGCGGGGAAGUCAUCGAUUGGGAUGGGAUCAGUCGAAGUUUAACAAUUUUAUCAGUGCUAAACAUCGGCAUUACAGAUUCUGAUACACAAUAUUUUCUGAUGUCGACUGUGUCCACUAUUGAUGGUGGUUAUUUAGCGAUUUUUAGAUAUACGCAAGAAAAUAAUAAUAAUUCGUUAGUUUCACAUAGCGGGCUUUGCACGAUGUUUAUAUUUUACAACCAAACAUCGGAUCAUUCUCAUGCAGUUAAUAUCUAUCAAAUACCACAACCUAAUAUAACAAUUAACUCAGUUGAUUGUGAUGUAUCUUAUAUAUAUAUUACUUGUAUAGUUUCCAUAUACAGCGAUAAUACAACAUAUAUAGUACAAAUUAUCCUUCUUUCUUCAGGAAAUAUUGCUCAAUUAGAUUUAAUAACUAAUCAGACCCAGCAAGGUUUGAGAGCAAAAAUAAUGCCAUUUGGUGGUUAUAUAUUAGAUGUCACAACUUAUGACAAUAAUGAUGAUAAUACUUAUUGUUAUAUUUAUAUUUACAAUGGUUUAAACAAAACUUUAAAUUCAUCGAAUCAUUUUCUUACAAAUUACUUUAGUGCAAACACUAUUACACAGAAUAAUACUUUUCUGCUCGCUUCACCCUCUACAAAUGAUAAUAAUUCUUGGUCUUUGCUCAAUAUUCCAAUACUUAAUUAUUCUACUUUCAAUGGUUGA